AUGCUUUCCUCUUCCUUUUUGCCUAUUUCCUUUUCGCGCCACUACUCUUUUUCAUUUAUCACUUCAACUUCCGCCCACAGUAGAUCCGGUCCUAAUAUGUGUCCGGACCGCAUCCACUUCGAAGUUAUUCACCAUGUUCAGAAUAGUGAUAAGCCUGCAAACUACUUGACCCAUUUAUAUACAAUAAAAAAAUAUCUAUCUAUCUAUCUAUCUAUCUAUCUAUCUAUCUAUCUAUCUCAUUUUGUUCAUAUAUCUAUCUAUCUAUCUAUCUAUCUAUCUAUCUAUCUAUCUAUCUAUCUAUCUCAUUCUGUUCAUUAUCUAUCUACCUAUCUAUCUAUCUACCUAUCUAUCUAUCUGACCAUUUCCGUCUGUUUCUAUAUAUCUAUCUACCUAUCUAUCUAUUUAUACGAGAUAUCGUUGCGUAUGAAACUUCCUUUCUGUCAGGCGCAUUUCCGAAACAAUAUUGACUCAGAAACAAGCUACAGACAUGAUGUGUGCCGGCCAGCACUUGUGCACGUCGUCUCAGAGACACAUUUACUCGCCCACACACUAUUACUAUCUAUCUAUCUAUCUAUCUAUCUAUCUAUCUAUCUAUCUAUCUAUCUAUCAUGCUGA